AUGGGGGAUUUGGGCACCCAGCGGCCCGCCAGAGAAGAUCCAUUCAGCGACCACAACCCUUUAUCCAGGCCGUAUCGCAGCGGAGGGUACCAUAUGCUCGACGAAGUACAAGAACCAGCCAAGCAGGGUUUCCUCAAGUCAGUCAUCAGUCCAACACCAGCAACUCAACAUCAUGCCGGGUCUUCUCCGCCUGAUCGUGGUCAUCCCGGGUCUUUCGGGCCGUCAUUCUUCGGUCGGAUAAGACGGUCCAAGUGGGCGAUGUACAUCUGCCUCCUCUUUGGUGUUGCUUGUGCAGCUGGACAUCAUGUGUUUUACAGCACGCUCAAUGGCAAGCCCGCAACGGAUCAGCUUGUGAUGCAGCGGUAUGGAACGUUGUUGGCGUUUGGGGCAAAGGCGGGGCUUGGUGCUGCGGUUAUUGAGGCUUCUCAUCAGCGGGUGUGGGUAACGGCGCGGAAGAGGGUGAUGACUGUUGGGGCGUUGGAUUCGUUGUUUUCCAUGACUGAGAGCUUGGCUUCUUUUGGGGCUUGGGAGGUGCUCAAAGGGGCUAAGAUAGCGGCUCUGUUGGCUCUUUUUGUUUGGUGCGUGGCUCUUCUUUCGAACUUACAUGCAGUACUGGAGACUAAUAGAUGUAGGAUUGCACCGAUCGUCGUCAUUCUGACUGCCAACACUCUUCAGGUUGAGCUCAGCCGGAUUGUUACUGAGGAUAGGUGCGCCGGGGUCAGGACGCUUAACUUCAGCUUUGAAGAAAUAGACGAAUGGAGAGAUCCAACCAAGAUAGGCAAAUAUUUCGAGGUUCCGGCCUCCAUUUGGAACACAACAAAAAAGGCCACCGAUGACGACGACAGCGAUGAGUGGUUCGACUAUUACACCGCACCAGGCCUGGCGUUGGCUCAGACACUUACCAUUGGUGCCUUUAUGGGAGAGACAGUGAUGCGGAAGAACGCACAGGCGGAGACUUGUGGCAGCGGCUGGAACUGCACUUUUGAGAUCAAGUUCACCGCCCCUGCCUACAAGUGUACCGAGCUCGCAAGUGGUGUCGGCUCCAAGGCAUCGAAUCUGACGCAACAAUCCGGCAGCAUCGCUCCACCGUUCAGCACCGAUCUGCUCCUCCCCAAAGGCAUCUAUAGCUACUACGCCUUCACCACAGGCGGCGAUUACUUCAACAUGCAAAUGGAAGACGUCGAACCAGGCGGAAUUCCCAAGACCGACCGCCCCUAUCCCAAGAACCUCGGGGCCUUUCGCACCGAUCCCAUCGUGUGGAUAGGAUAUUCUACCCGCACAAACCCGGGGGAACCUCUCCCUGAAAAGUCCUCCUCUCCUGGUUGGGAGCAAGCCUUCACCCCCAAACUCUUCGCCUGCGAGAACUACGAAUCAUCCUACAUCGUCCAGUUCAACUACACCGAAAACCUCCACUCCACCAACGUCCUCGACGUGGAGUACCUCCGUCCCGUCAUCAACACGACCUACCUCCCUGACCUCGAGUUAGAAGAUGGCACGGCAGACAAGGUCGCCGCCACACCGCAGUCAAACUACGUAUUCCCCCAGAACAAGAGUUUGUACCGCCGCACCGCAGCGUACUACUCCCUCUCCCUCAUCGCCCGCUCCUUCCUCAACGGGACAGUAGCAGCCAACCAGAAAAACGCCAACGGAGUCCCCAUGGCCAACACGAAUGUUAUUCAGACGAAAGUAUUGGACAUUGCGAAUAAUUACUUCCCUGUGGGGGACCUAAUGAAGACAGUGCAGAGGUUCUACUCUGAGAACAUCAUCCUUAGCAUGCUCUCCAACCCGCAGUUUACCAGUGUGGUUUGGGCUGCCAAGCCAGAUGAGCAAAGCGGGAUUGACCCUGAUGUGCAGAGGGAGGAUGUGGAGGGCUUGAAGUAUCCUUGUCAGAGGUCGAGGGCUGGGAAUGUGUACACGUACCAUGUGAGGGAUUUGUGGAUUGUGUAUAGUAUUUCUAUUGGGCUGGCGGUGAUGGGGGUUGUUAUUGGGGUGCUGUCUGUGAGGGAGAAUGGGGGGUUGAUGAGGAAUGUGAAGUUUAGUAGCUUUGUUGCUGCGACUAGGGGGGAGGGGUUGAGGAGGGUUGAGUGGGGUGGGGCCGAUGGGGGACGGGUGAGUGAGGGGGUGAAGGGGAUGAGAAUGAGGUAUGGGAUGGUUGAGGUUGAGGGGCAAGGCGGGAAGGAGUUGAAGUUUGGGUUUGGGUUUGAAGAGGAUGUUACGAGCUUGGAGAGGAACGGGGGCGGGACUGCGGUGAAGAGGUUGACGAUGUUGGGGGCGAGUUCGAGAAGCUUGGCGAGGUCGGGGUGA